AUGGGCAGCGGAUUCGAAGGCGGCAUCAAAAGCAUCGCCUUCCACCCGGACUACGACACCAACGGCUUCUUCUUCGUCCACUACUCCGACACCUCCGACGCUUCCGUGGUCGCCCGCUACACGGUGUCGAAGGACCCCGACGUUGCGGAUCCGGCCAGUGGCGUGAUCCUGAUCACCGUCGCUCAAACCACCACCAUCCAUCGCGGGGGUCAGAUUCAAUUCGGACCCGACGGCUAUCUCUACAUUGGCUACGGCGAUGGCGGACCCCAAACCGACACCAACUGCAACUCCCAAACCGGUGAUCGUUUCCAGGGCAAAAUGUUGCGCAUCGAUGUGGAUCAAAACGUUUCUACCCCGCCCCACUACGGCAUUCCUGGAGACAACCCGUUCGGCGGCAAGGGCGAGCCGCCUGCCGAGGUCUGGGCCUUGGGCUUGCGUCAACCCUGGCGCUUCUCCUUCGACCGCUUGACCGGUGAUCUCUACAUCGCCGACGUCGGCCAGCACACCCGUGAAGAGAUCGAUUUCCAACCCGCCUCCAGCUCCGGUGGAGAGAAUUACGGUUGGAGGAUCAUGGAAGGCACCACCUGCCAUGAUCCCGACCCCAUCGACCCAUCCUGCCCAGCACAAACCGCUUCCUGCGACGAUCCGAGCUACACCCUUCCAAUUCUGGAAUACGCCACCGGUGUCGACGGUAACUGUUCUAUCACCGGCGGUUACGUCUACCGCGGGCCAAAUAUCUCCAUGCUCACCGGACGUUACCUCUACGGCGAUUGGUGCAGCGGCCGACUGUGGGCCGCCGACAAUUCCGGCGGUCCUUGGACCACCGAAGAGCUGGACAUCUCCCUGACCAAUAUCGUCACCUUUGGCGAAGACCAAAACGGCGAGCUCUACCUCGCCAACGGCUCCACCGUCUAUCGACUCGAUGGGCCGUCAGAGCUGUUCAGCGACGGUUUCGAAUCCGGUGACACGACAUCUUGGUCGAGCGAGGUGCCUUGA